UGCCGGUUGUUUUGUGUUUUUUUCAUUAAAGGUUAUAAUAAAUGUACUUUUGUAUUUUAAAAUAGUUCAUUAAUGUUGCUGUUGAAUAGAUCAGUUAUAUUUGUGAAUUUGUUUUAGUUACGAGUUCCAAACUAUUUUGAAAACUUAGUUUUGUUUAAUUCUUCAGUUAAUUGACAUUAACAGUUGAAGUUUUGGUUAUAUUUUAAAAAUCUCCAUGCGAAAAACUAGAACUUUAUUCCAAAAUGAGUAGUUCUUCUGAUCAAAGCAAUGAGGAAAAGCCUGUAAAAAAUGAAUGGAUGAUACGGCCGUGUCACUUGUACGAAGAUGAGUAUGACGACUGCACAAGUAUCCGAGCACGGUUUCAACAGUAUUUCGUGCUUGGACAGUGGGAGGAUUGCACCCCCUGGAAGCACGAUUACUACAACUGUGAAAAGUGGAAGAAUAACAAGGAUAAAGCUGCCGCAGAGGAGAUAAUUGCCAAUGAAGAGGCACGCAGGGUUAAAAGGUUGAGUGCCCAUUACAACAAUCCUGUGUGGGAAAACAGACCGGAGCCUCCUCCAGACUGGAAUGCUCCUCUACCUCCCUUCCUGGAGGAGAAACUGAAAAACACCUAUCUGGACAUUAAGGCCAGGGAACUGCGGGAGGGCAAGGUUCUCACAGCCGACAGGAUGUGUACUAUCUUGUGAUCUUGGCAAGAUGUGACUUGUCUAGUGUCUUCAUUACGAAGAAUAGUGUGAUGUAUGCGUUGUAAAUACUCAGAUGUGUUACUGACAAUGUUGGAAAUGUGGCAGGUCAAGUGUACACUAGGCCUUCAGCUGUUGAGCAGCACCUUGCAAGGAAAAAAGUGGUUCAUAUAUGUGUAAAUGUAUCACCACUGCCACACAGUAUCUAGUGUCAUAUGGUUUGUCAAUUUACUUUAAUACUGUUUCUAUGUAAAAUACGAGAAAUUUGUUUAAGUACCAUUUUGGUAUAUAUAUAUAUAUAUAUAUAUAUAAAUCAAGUCAACAUUUUUUUUGCAUGAAAGCCCGCACUUUGAUCUACUUUUCUACAUAGUUGCUAUCAGUAUUAAGGGACUUAUCGUAUUGUAAAAACAACCAGUUGUACGUAUACUGUUUUCAUACAAGAUUACCACCUGAUUUAACAGUAAUUGCAAUGUGAUCAUUUUGACGCUAUUGUUAUCGUUGCAACACUAACCUUCAAGAAAUUCACUGCUUCAUCUGAUGAAAAACAAAUGAUAGUCACUAAAUGCUAAAUUGGGUCUCUUUGGGGGAUCAUAACAUUUUUUGUAGCAAAAUGCUGUGAUGAGAUCUUGAGUUCGUUUUGUCGCAAGUGGACAGACAGUGUCAUACAGCAAAACAUGUACUUCGAUAAAAAUGUCAUAGAGAACACUUCUUGAAAUUUGAGGAAACACUUCUAAUAAUAAAGAAAUUGUGAGAUGCUGUUCAUUUUCAUUCUAUUAUGGGCCAUGAACUCCAUUUCUCAUCAUGAACAUUCUUUCGACCAUCUUUUAAAACUCUUACCCACUUGAGUGCCAUUCAAUCACUCACAGUGUUUUAUCCAUGCACUUCUAAAUUUGGAUAGUGAAUUUCAACUGCUUUUAUGCCUUUAUCGCCGAGGAAACAAAUCAAAGCACGUACUUCAUAGUUAGUGAGAUUCUCAAUUGAUGGGAGCAUUUGAAAUAUGCAUUAUCACAAGUAAAGUCGAUCAGUUUUUGCCGUAAUUGCAUCUGGGAUUUGCUAACAGAUGAAGGUAGACAGUGCCCUAGCACGGGAUACCAACCGCAGCAAUCAGCAACUUAAUUUUAAAAUGGUACUUUCUUCAUUUUCACACCUUUUAGUUUACGAAAAUUGGAUUGCAAUCCAGUACAAAAAAAUAAGUUUAUUCAUUUUGACGUCUUAAGAUAUUUUUUGAAAUUCUGGAGAAUUGCUACACUAUUAUUUUUAGAUAAUUAUAGGGAGAAAUAUUCACAACUUUACAACUGUGUUUAAAUUCACUAUAUAGAAAAAUCUUAAUUUUAUAAACUUAAAUUAUUAUUAGUUAACAGUAUUUUUUCUUUGAAAAUAGGGUAGCUUUAAAGAAUAUAGUUUACUCAAAUGAACACAGUUACAGCAUAGGUCUAUUAAAAAUGUUUAUACAGUAACCUUUAUUUAGUUUUUGUGCUCAAAUUGAAAGAUUUUAUAGUAAAACCGGUCUUGAAUUGUUA